AUGGGGUGCUCCACAAGCUCACAAACUUCCACUGUGGACCCAGCUCGACCAGGCAGCAAACGGGAGGAGGGUAAUGGGGCCAGCACCACAGGAGCUGCCAAUGAGAACGGAAACGUGGCAGAGGACAGUGUGACUCUCCCCGACCAAACCGUGGUUGAGGAGACUAAACCCCCGGAGGCCGCACCUGCCCCAGCCGCACCUGCCCCAGCCGCACCUGCCCCAGCCGCAGCCCCAGCCGCAGAGGAAACCCCACCAGCCCAACAGGAGUCCCAACCUGCGGCCAGCCCCCCUCCAGAUGCAGAGGCAGCCCCAGCGCCCACAGACCCACCAGCAGAGGGCAGCGCAGCACCCGAAACCAUGACAGCCCCCCCCUCAGAAGAACCAGCCCCUGAACCAGCUCCAGAACCAGCAGCGGCGGAGCCCAGCACGGAGGAGACACCAGCUCCCAGCGAGUGA